AAUUGCCCAGUUUGAGUUUGGUAUACCAAGAUACCAAGGAAAUCCAACCUGAAAAAAAAUAAAACAAGGACACUGUUUAGUUUGGUUGGUUCCGAAGCCUUUUGGCUUACACACUUUGAAGGUUUUGAACAUUCGGGUAGCGCCCCAGCGCGCUUUUUGCGGCUCCACCACGAUGCAGGCAGUCAGUCCCUCGUCGUUGCGCUUCUCCUUUUUCGAUGGUGCCGUCGAAGUGGUGACCCGGAACACCUUCUUGGAUGUGGAAGUCGUGCCUGCCGACACACAGGAGCUGUGUCGGACGAAGAGCUGCCCGGCGCUGUUGCACUACAAGGAAGAGACGCAUUGCCUCGAAUUUGAGGACACCAAGCAAUGGGCCAGGCUUACGACUGAAAGCACCCAGUGCCCUGAGGAUGAGACCGACCCUUUGCUUGGCUUGGACAGAGAGGAGCGCCAGAGUGAGGGUGGAGAGGGUGAAACCGAUUGGCAGUCAGUUUGCACUGUGAUGAUCAAGAACAUCCCCUGCCGCUGCAGUUCAGAAGAGGUGACUUGCUCGGUGAGGUGGAGAGCCCGCGCUGGCCCGCGCUGCACGCCGAUGUCCAAGAGCCGAUGUCCAAGUCUUGGCCGCUGUCGACCGCUUGGGUUUUGCCGGCACGUAUGACUUUUUUUACCUCCCCAUGAAUCGUCGGCAUCGACAAGGGAUUGGCUAUGCCUUCAUCAAUUUUCGUGACAAGGGCUUGGCCUGGUGCUUCAAGGAGGCCAUUGGCGGCUACCAAUUCCCUGGGCGAAAAAGCAAGAAGGUCGUGCACGUCGCCGUCGCGCAGCUCCAAGGACGACAGGAGGUGGACGCCUACUUCAGCCGAACACAGGUGGUGCACACCCGCUAUCGACCAAUCAUGGCGUAAGACGCCUCGCUCAGAGGCAAACGGAUCGCAGAUUUGUUGCAGAAAAAGGGC